AACAAAAGGCGUGCCAUAUCUAUUCACAGCCCGGUGCAAUGUAAACAAACGCGAACAAAGUGAGCCACGAAUUUGCGCCUUUUAAAUGGCAAUUAUAUUUGCGGCCUGAAGUACACAGUCAACUCCAACAUGGCGGCCAGUGGCAUGGCAAGGAUGAGGUAUUUUGAGAACAAAAUGCCGGACUGUGGCUACGAUCAGGAGGUCCAAAUUCCAGUCGACCAGAUCCGUGCUCGAAUCGUAGCGGUAAUCGAAGCUCUUCGGCAGAACGUGGUGCCGAACCAACAGGCCUGCGAGGGUGGCGUGUAUGUUGGGAUCGCUGGAAUCGCCUAUGCGCUGCUGUACGUGGCUCAAUCAAAACAGAUCCCAGAGAAAGAGAGUGAAUAUUUAGAACUCGCUGAGCAGUAUAUAGCUCAAGCAUUGGACUAUGAAGAGAAAAAACGAUCGCCAGAAACUCGAUCAGCAUUUCUUCUCGGAUCAGCAGGAGUUUAUGCAGUGGCAUCUCUCUUGUACAGAGCGCUGGGAAAAGAAGAAAAGGUGCAAGAAUAUAUCGGGAAAUAUGCAGGUCUAGCAGGGAUAUGUUGUCAGCCCGGAGAUUAUCUUGGCUGUGGAUCAGAUGAAGUACUGGUAGGAAGAGCGGGGUAUUUAUGUGGAGCGGAAAUGCUCACCAAGAAACUCGGUCAACAGGUUCUGAGUGAUGAAGUGACUUUCAUGAUCUGUCGAGCCAUAGUAGAUUCUGGGCGGAGCUAUUCACAAAGGCAUAAAUCACAAUCACCGCUAAUGUAUGCAUAUUACCAGACAGAAUAUUUAGGUGCUGCACACGGCCUUUCUGGAAUCGUCCAGAUGCUGCUCAACUAUCCAACCUUUGUCAAGUCCGACCCGUCUAUCGAGGCCGACGUCAAGAACACAGUGGAUUAUCUAAUCUCGUGUAGAUCACCGGAUUACAACAUCCCGCCUACUGUAGCCGAGUGUAUCCAGCAACGUCCUCCCGAGCAUCAACUCGUCCAUUGGUGUCAUGGUGCACCAGGUGUUAUCUACCUGUUUGCCAAGGCUUUCCUGCUCUGGAAGGACCCCAUGCACCUCAUCGCGAGCAGAAAAUGUGCCGACCUGACGUGGCAGAAAGGGCUCCUCAGGAAAGGCCCCGGUAUCUGCCACGGCAUCACCGGCAACGGCUACGUCUUCCUACUCACCUACCGCCUGACCGGGGAUUGCAAGUUCAUCCACAGAGCCCUGCAGUUCUCCGAGUUCAUGCAGACGGAGGAGUUUGUGAAGGGGGCGAGGUGUCCGGACGCUCCGUUAAGUUUGUUCGAGGGCUGGGCUGGUGCAGUUUGCUUUCUCACUGAUCUUCUUCAGCCGCAUAAUGCAGAGUUUCCCUUCUUUGAUGUGUUCUAAUGAUCUCUAAUAACCAUGAAAAGUGUCAGUAUACGGAGGUCCUUAACCUGUUGGAGAGUGGGUGUAUAUGAAAUAUGUGUAUUAUUGCAUUAUUAUCUGGUCUCCAGGUCUCCAAUGGGUUAAUAAUCUUGAAUGACAAGUCAGCCAAAACAACUUGAUUUUAAUGAAUCAUGUCAAAUCAAACAAGCAUAGCAUUAUUCAUAAAGAGAAUUUCAUUAAAAUCAGAUGUAGUUUGUAACAGUAAUCAGGUAUUACUGAACAUCCUGCAUGAGUUUCAGGUCACAUGACCAAGGUCAAAGGUCAUUUUGGGUCAAUGAACUUAGACCAUUUCGGGGGAAUAAACAUUGAUAUCUUAACAUACGGUUAAUUUUUUUGGGGAAUGUCAUCAUAAGUAUUUGGACCUAGUUCAUGAAACUUAGACAUAAGGGUAUUGAAGUAUCAGUGAAAUUCCUGCAUGAGUUUCUGGUCACAUGAUCAAGGUCAAAGGUCAUUUAAGGUUAAUGAACUUUGGCCAGAUUGGGGGUAUUCAUUGAAUUGCCAUCAUAACUUUAAAAGCUUAUGGAUAUAGUUCUUGAAAUGUUGACAUAGGGGUAAUGAAGUAUCACUGAUCAUCUUGCACAAGUCUUAGGUCACAUGAUUAAGGUCAAAUGUCAUUUAGGGUCGAUGAACAGAGUAUUUUAUUAUAUGAAUGGUGUUUUUUGUGAAUUAUUAUUCUAUAGUCGCUUCCAAAGUCAGCACUGCUGCUAUAUUGAAUCGCGCAAUGCAGGCGAGACUGCUAGAGGCGCUCCACUUGUUUUAAUAGGGGGUGCUGGCUUGGAAGAAAAAUUUGACAUGCCAAAAAAAAAAAAGGUUUUCACAACAAAAUGAAGGUGAUUUUGGUUAUAUUUCUCCUUUUUAGCAUACCACCCUGAAUUCCAGGGGGUGCUACCUAUGGUGUAUGGCCUAUGUGUAACAUCCGCAGUACCCCCAAACAAAUCUUUGGGGAGGGGAGGGGGGAGGGGCUGAAUCAACCAAACCACCCCUGCUUCCCAGGGGGGGGGGGGGCUGUCACAAAUGGACAACUUAGUCAGAGUGUGCCGAUGUACAUAUGUACUGUAUGAGUUGCCAGCCGUUUUUGUCUUCUUAUCCCAUUUCUUUAAUAUCAAGCACAAAUUAUCAAACAUAAUAUAUAUCAAGAAUUCAAAUUAUUUA